AACGACUACCUUACCCCAGGUCCCUGGACGUGUAUAUAAGAAAAUGACACCCAAAUACAUUCCUUUUUCGGUUCAGGCUCCGUUGUUUCCAACGCAGAAUUAGCUGAGGCUUCUACUUCGUGCACUGAGUAUGGCUUCGACAAUGCUUUCCCUAGCUUCAGCCUCUCCAUCUACGUCAUUCUCGGCGCGCGAGUAUCUCAAGUCUUUUGGUCGAAUAUCUAUGGUGGCUGCCAUUAACGUUUCUCGUUUUGAGGGUGCCACAAUGGCUCCUCCCGAUCCAAUUCUUGGGGUUUCUGAAGCUUUUAAGGCAGACACACACAAAAGAAAGCUCAACCGAGUUGGAGCCUAUCGAACGGAAGAGCUACAACCUUAUGUACUGAAUUUUGUCAAGAAGGCGGAGAAUCUUAUGGUCGAAAGGGGAGAAAACAAAGAGUACCUCCCAAUCGAAGGUUUGGCUGCAUUCAAUAAGGUGACUGCUGAGUUAUUAUUUGGAGCAGACAACCCCAUAAUAAAACAACAGAGAGUUGCUACUGUUCAAGGUCUUUCAGGAACUGGUUCUCUUCAAUUAGCUGCUGCUUUUAUUGAACGAUAUUUUCCUGGGGCUAAAGCUCUGAUAUCAUCUCCCACUUGGGGUAAUCACAAGAAUUUCAACAAUGCUAGAGUUCCAUGGUCUGAAUACCGAUACUAUGAUCCAAAAACAGUUGGUUUGGACGUUGAGGGGAUGGUAGCCGAUAUAACGGCUGCCCCUGAAGGGUCUUUUGUGUUACUUCAUGGCUGUGCUCACAACCCAACUGGCAUUGAUCCAAUCCCUGAACAGUGGGAAAAGAUUGCUGAUAUCAUUCAAAAGAAGAACCAUAUACCAUUUUUUGACGUUGCAUACCAGGGAUUUGCUAGUGGAAGCCUUGAUAUAGAUGCAGCAUCUGUGAGAUUAUUUGCUGCGCGGGGUUUGGAGCUUCUGGUUGCCCAAUCACACAUUAAAAAUCUGGGCCUUUAUGCAGAAAGGAUCGGAGCAAUCAAUGUUGUCUGCUCAUCAGCAGAUGCUGCAGCAAGGGUUAAGAGCCAACUGGAAAGUCUUGCUCGACCAAUGUACUCCAAUCCUCCUAUUCAUGGGGCCAUGAUUGUUGCCAAUGUUGUUAGGGAGUCAGCUCUCUUCAAUGAAUGGAAAGCAGAAAUGGAAAUCAUGGCUGGAAGGAUAAAGAACGUGCGACAGAAACUAUAUGAUAGCCUCUCUGCAAAAGAUAAGAGUGGGAAGGAUUGGUCAUUUAUACUUGAGCAGAUUGGCAUGUUCUCAUUCACGGGCCUGAACAAAGAUCAGAGCGACAAUAUGACGACCAAGUGGCAUGUAUUCAUGACAAAGGAUGGAAGGAUAUCCUUGGCUGGAUUAUCUUUGGCCAAAUGUGAGUACCUUGCGGAUGCCAUCAUUGAUUCAUUCCACAAUUUCCGUUGAAAUUAAUGGAUAGAGAGUUACAUUUUUGGGGUACAAUAUGCAAACUAGUUACUGAGUACGAAUUAUAACAACGCAGGUUGAUAUUUGAAGUUCAAAUUGAGGCCAUUCCAUAGUUGA